AUGGAUGGCAAGAAGAAAAGCGCCAUCGACGCGAAGCCCAAUCCCCAUAUCUUCACAGUCGUAUCACAGCAGAAGUUCACGUGUCAGCGGCAAACUGUCUUGCUCGUUCAAAGCAACAAGAAAUACACUGACCAUGUGUCAAACUGUCUGGACCAGAAAUCGUGUAUUGAAAAGAAGAGGCUGGAAGAGGAGGAGUUGAGAAAAAAGAAGAACAAGGGAAGUUGA